ACACCAGGUACACAUCCCUUGCCCGAGCCGAGGAAACAUCGUCGAAUAAUUCCACCGAAGAUAACAUUGCGACAAACCCAUCGGGGGAGACAGGCACUUGAUGUUGCAAGAUAUGCCCCUCCCUGAAUUCGGCGUCAUGGAUGAUUUGAGUGCAUCACAGAUACGACUGGAACAGGUCACCAGUGGUAAAGCUAUAUCAACCCCCCACGCUCACGUACGAGACCAUGAAAUCCACACUCCCAGUGCCGAACCUGCCUCGAACUAUGAAGAACAAUACUCGCUUCCAACGACUUCGCGCCCCCCAGUCGCUCAGAUAGUACCAGGAACAAACCCUCCCAACUACGAUUUCACAAACCCGAGAUGGUUCGAGGAUUACUACAUAGAAUAUGAUGAAUCCCUUUUAAGCGAAACAGAGACAGCAGGCUCGACGGAGAACCAAUCGACCUACCCUGAAGCAGCUGAGCCAUUCUCGAGGGACAACACACCGGGCAAUAAAGUCCAGAUCGAGACUGACAGUAAUUUGACGCAUGUUGACAUCACAAGGAAUCCACACAGCUGGCGCCCGUCGCCGGAUGCGAAUUCCUGCUUGGAAGAUUGGAGAGAGUUCCACUUCGUUCGCAGCCCCUGUGGCUCAAACCUACGUCUUACCAUAAAUUACCGAGAUCAUACAGGUUCAGAGAAGGAUCUCGCACUGGAGUUCAGCCUGCUUGAUGAGAUAAAGGACGCGUUUGACAAGCUUUUCGAGGCCAAGGUCAACAUUCCGCACCAUUCUUCGACGGUAAAAGACACCCCUGAUGUCAGAACCGACAUUGCUCACAUGAGCAUUCAAGAAAGUACCCCUUCCGUGGACAAUGUCCGAAUUACUCUGGAUCCGAACGACACGAUACCCUCCCUACCUUGCAAGAGAGAUUCAAAUAGUAUGGCAGGGUCGUCAAUCUCGUUGCGAAGCGAAAAGAAAAUCGGAGCCUCAACAGCGGACAAAAGGUCGAAACGCAAAGCUGGAUCCUCGAGUGAGUUCAGAUAUCAGUCGUUGGACCGGGCGAUCAAGAGACCGCAUGUCCAAGAAGCUCGUGCCGGUGAGAAGCGAUGCAAGACUAGUCACAGCUAGACCUUCUGUGGACGUGUGACUUAUGUAGGCAGGGGAAAGUCAGGUACAAAAGACUAUGGGAGUUGGCCAGUAGUAGGCGAUUUUGGUGACAGCACUUUGACAUUGUGGAGGAAAGACCAAGUUUGCAAGAAGAGCUACAAAUCUUAAUGUCAACACUGUUUCGUGGCAUACAAUCUCAUGCUCAGUCGUCCCCCAACUCUUCGUCGUAAAUGAUU